AUGAAUGAAGAAAAUUCUCAUUUUCCAGAAAUACAUGAAAUCCCAACAGAUCAACUAUUCAACAAAAAUAUAAUCAUCCCAAGUGUAAUUAUUUCAUUGAUAAUUCUUGUCAUUAUUUUAUGUUUAAUCAUGAUUUACUAUCGAAAUAAGCGUAAACAGAAGUUAAGCGAAUUUGAAAAAGUACCAGUUCAUACUAAUUUGAAUGAAUAUACCACUAUUGAUCAAGAUAUAUCAUAUCCAUGGGUUAACAGAAAAAACUGUUACAAUUAUCAUCCAAUUGCAUCUUUGCAUUCAGUGAUGCAUAAUCAACCACCAAGUUAUGAAGUCCUUAUAAAUAAACAAUAA